AUGGCCCAAACCGAAAGCACCUACUAUUUGCUCUGGUACCAGGGUCAGAAAAUAAAACCCAAUGUAUUAUUGACUGCGUCCGGUGACACAGUACGCUAUGAUCCUGCAAAGCGCACUGUGAAAGUGACCGCUAAAUCAGGUGCCGGUAAAAACUUCGAUGGCAUGCUGGCCGAACUUAACCGAACACCCCAGCGCAUGCAACAAAUGAUGCAGGAACUCAGCUACCUUCCCAAACCCAUAUUACCACCAUUAAGCAUGGCUGUAAAAAGUGCGUUUACUCAGGCAGAUGAGGAAUACAGGAAAUUGUUAUCGAACGUCAUUACCAUUCCGGCUAUUACUAUAUCCGGCGUUUCGUUUCAACGCGGAAAGGGUGCUAUUGUCAAUGUCGCCGAUUGGGAAGAUCCUUGGGAAGCAUUGGUACAGGAGUUUCGGGCAUUUAUUACUACGCAUAGUACAGACAAUCUCAACAACCUGCCGGAACCACCGCGUUUUGACUUUACCUAUUGCAGCCGAUGCGAUAGCACUCAACAAACCGCGUACAGGAAAAGCAUGGCAGAAUUUACUGCCGCUUUACUUGGUAAAGAAGAUAUGACCAUGCUGGAAAAAGCCAGGGCAGUAAGCCAGCAGGCAGAAGGACUUCCGGAAGAGAAGAAAAGAUAUGUCCAAAAGGAAGUAUGGGCAGUGAUGGAUUUUAUUCUCAAAAGAUCACGCACUAAAGUUGAGCGUAUCAUCAGCCGCUAUGUCGACGAUCCUGAACGUGCACUCGCAGUGAUGGAUGUAGCCGUAUCAACAGAACGCGAGCAACAGAUCAUGGGUUUUGUUACUCACCUUGGAGUAGCUGAUGUAUCAGGCACGUUCAAUGAUUUCGAUGUAACUAUAAAAUCUACGAAAGAAGAUUUCAGCGAUGCGGUGUUUGAACUUACCGCCAAAGUAUCAUCCAUUGACACCAGGGUCGAGGCAAGGGACAAUCACCUUAAAAGCGCUGAUUUUUUCGACGCCGGAAAAUACCCGUUGAUAAGUUUUAAAAGUACAUCGAUUAAACCAGCGGGCCCGAAUGCUUAUCAGCUUACCGGGGACUUAACGAUGCGUGGCAUUACAAAACAGGUGACAAUGGAUCUGAAAUACCGGGGAACAGUGAAAAAUGCUAUGAAUAAAAAGCAAACUGCAGGUUUUCAAUUGACUGGCUCGAUCAAGCGUUCUGAUUACCAGAUCGGGACUGGUUUUCCUGCACCUAUGAUCAGUGAUGAAGUACGUAUUAAAGCAGAUG